GCCCCAAUCCACAAUUAAAGAUGAACUUUGAGUGAACUAAUUUAUCUGACCAAGAAUAAGCAUAUAAAGGAGAAGCAUAUAAAGCCCGCGACGGCGCUCAAACCACGCUGCUUCGCAGACGCAGGUAGAGACACCGCACCGAUGGGUUUCUCCGCCCUGCUAGCGAGCGCGUUGUGCACCUUCGUGCUGCCGCUGCUGCUCUUUCUGGCUGCGGUCAAGCUCUGGAACCUGUACUGUUUGAACACCCGGGACCGCAGCUGCAGCCUCCCGUUGCCUCCAGGGACUAUGGGGCUGCCCUUCUUCGGAGAGACGCUGCAGAUGGUAUUGCAGCGGAGAAAGUUUUUGGAGAUGAAGCGCAGAAAGUACGGCUACAUAUAUAAGACUCAUCUCUUCGGGCGGCCCACGGUGCGAGUCAUGGGAGCGGACAACGUAAGGCAGAUACUUCUGGGGGAGCACCGUCUUGUGUCUGUGCACUGGCCCGCCUCUGUCCGGACCAUCCUGGGCUCUGGCUGCCUCUCCAGCCUCCACGAUUCUUUGCACAAGAAGCGCAAAAAGUUGAUCAUGCAGGCAUUCAAUCGGGAAGCGUUGCAGUGCUACGUGCCGAUAAUAGCUGAAGAAAUAAGAAAUACUUUGAGAAGGUGGCUCCAAUGCGGCAACCGCGGCCUCCUGGUCUACCCCGAGGUGAAGCGCCUCAUGUUCCGAAUCGCCAUGCGCAUCUUGCUGGGCUGCGAGUCGGACAGCGCGACCAGCGGGGACAGCGAGAGAGAAUUAGUGGAAGCUUUUGAGGAGAUGAUCCGUAACCUGUUUUCCCUGCCCAUCGAUAUGCCCUUCAGCGGACUUUACCGGGGCGUGAAGGCGAGGAACCUCAUCCACGCGCGCAUCGAAGAGAACAUUCGUGCCAAGCUGGGAAGACAACGGGAGCCCGAGGCCGGGGCUUGCCGUGUCAAAGACGCUUUGCAGCUGCUUAUAGAGCACACGCAGGAGAAUGGCGAGAGGCUAGAUAUGCAGGAACUAAAGCAGUCUUCAACUGAACUUCUCUUUGGAGGGCAUGAGACUACAUCGAGUGCUGCCACAUCUCUGAUCACUUAUCUAGGACUCCAUCACCAUGUCCUUCAGAAAGUGAGAGAAGAACUGAAGAGUAAGGGUUUACUUUGCAAAAGCAGCCCAGAUGAAAAACUGGACAUAGACAUUUUGGAGCAACUGAAGUAUAUAGGAUGUGUUAUUAAGGAAACCCUCAGGCUGAAUCCUCCUGUUCCAGGGGGCUUUCGUAUUGCCCUCAAGACUUUUGAGUUAAAUGGAUACCAGAUUCCCAAAGGUUGGAAUGUUAUCUACAGUAUCUGUGAUACCCAUGAUGUUGCAGACAUUUUCACCAACAAGGAAGAGUUUAACCCUGACCGAUUUCUGUUGCCUUAUCCAGAAGAUUCUUCCAGAUUCAGUUUCAUUCCAUUUGGAGGGGGGCUCCGCACCUGUGUAGGCAAAGAGUUCGCCAAAGUUCUUCUCAAGAUAUUUACAGUGGAGCUGGUCAGGCACUGUGAUUGGCAACUUUUAAAUGGACCUCCUACCAUGAAAACUGGUCCCACUGUGUACCCAGUGGACAAUCUCCCUACAAAAUUUAUGCAUUUCAAAGGUGAAAUUUAGUUAGUGCAAACUCUAGAGAACUUAGGAAUUAAUUGAAGUAGACAUAAAGCUUUUUAUAGUGUCCUCUGUUGAUUUUAAUAUUGUAUUUAAUUUGUAAAUAUAUGUUAUAUAGUUAUUUAUAAUGCCUUUGAUCCUAAAUACCAUCCUAAAUACCAAAAAACCUAAAUGUAAUUUUAAAUACCAUGGCUGCAUUUUAAGAGUACUAAAAUAAUGGAUUUGUAUGAUUCCUGACUAAGGUAACUUUCUGAAAGUGGCAGGUUUUUUAAUUAUUUAAAAAUCUUAUUGGAUAGCUUAUCAAGUGAAUAUUUGUGAGCUUAUGUUUUGUGUUCUUGUGUCAUUAAACCAUAUUUCAAAGUG